CCAUGGAGAGGCGGGCUGAAAACGAACCUAACAAUUCCGGCUUCCUCGUACCUCCCAACGCCCGCCGUAGCUCGGACUCCGCCCCUUACCAAGAGCAGUCUCUAACGCAGGAACCGCUGAGACUGUCACGGACUCUCUCGCGCUCCGUAAUCGACGGCAUCUGCCCCUAACAAAGAUGGCUGCACACUCUAUCCCGCCGCGCCCUUUUGCUGGGAUCAAAUUCUAGACUAACUUUCACUUUCGGGUUACUACUGACUGGAGAUGGCGCCGGUUCUGAAGACUGUGGAGCGAAUCAAGCUAGACUGCCCUCUGCGGCCUGGUUGCCCGCUGAGGGUCGCUGCUGUCCCUAAACUCGGCAAGGAAUUUGGUCCAGAGGUCUACGGAGAAGAGAAUGUAGUGGAUUUUCUUCACCAGCCAAUGGAGGGUGAGUCCCAGGGCCUGCACUGGAUCCACGUGGAUGGGAGCAGCAGGCAGCUGCAGCUGUGGCACCAUGAUUACCUCCUGGACUGUUUCCCUAAUGAAGGAAACACAACUGGACAGAGUGACAGGGGCAAGGGGACCAAGGGACUGGGCAACUACUGUGGUCUUCGAAAGUCCUUCCUUUACCCUCCCCAAGAGUCUGAGCCCUGCCCUCAAAGUCCCUCUGCCUCCCCAUCCUUCUCUAGUGUCUCAGACAGCCUGCUGCAGGUGGCCAUGCCCCAGAAGCUCCUGGUAACCAAAGAGGAAGCCAACCGCCUGGCUGCAGAGCUGGUGGCUGAGGAGGAACACAUGAAACAGAAAGCAGAGACGAAACAACGAAAGAAGAAUCGUCAAAAGGAAAGAAAGCGACAGGAGCGCUCGGAACAGGACAGUGGGGAGCCCAAGACCACAGUUACCCCAGAUGAGGAUGACAGCCCCCCAGCCAGCCCUGAAAACCCAGCUCGGGGACUGUGUGGUGAGGAAGAGGACUUACUGGAUCUAUCUAGCAGUUUUGUUCUGGCUUUACGCAAGGUUGGGGAUUGGCUCCUAAGUACCCACAGAGAGAAGAGACCAAGCCAAAAGCCCCAACCAAGUCAAGGACCAGGCCCCCAGGAGAAGAUGGUCCAAAAAGAAAGGAAUCCCUCAAGAGAGGAGAGCCCUAGGCAGAGUCCUAAGCCCCAGGCAUCUCCAGGACUGCUGGCAGCUUCCAUACAUCAGAGCCAGGAACUGGCAAAGUUGGGUACCAGCUUUGCUCAAAAUGGUUUCUACCAUGAGGCUGUUGUUCUUUUCACUCAGGCCUUACAGCUCAACCCCCAGGACCACAGGUUAUUUGGAAAUCGCUCCUUCUGCCAUGAGCAGUUGGGUCAGCCAGCAUGGGCCCUGGUUGAUGCCCAGGUGGCCCUUACCCUACAACCCGGCUGGCCCCGGGGCCUCUUCCACCUGGGCAAGGCCUUGAUGGGGCUGCAGCGCUUUGGAGAGGCAGCUGCUGUGUUCCAGGAGACUCUGAGGGGUGGGUACCAGCCCAGCGCAGCCUGGGAACUCCACUCUUGGCUUCUCCAACUUGCUCUGCAGGAUCAACGAGGAAGAAUCCAUGUGCCACCUCGAUCUACUGGUGUCCUCGAGUCACUUCCCCAUUUUAAACCAGGAGACUCAGACCUGUUCUCCUUCAGUCAGAGCAUGGCUUCCAGGGCCCCGGGCCUUUUGUCUCCGCCCAUGUAUUCUCCCACAUAUCACCUGAGCUACCCCACCUUGUCUUUUUCUCAGACUCAGAUUAGAAGACCCCACCCUGUUUAUCUCCAGGAUUCCUCAAAGAGCUGGGGGACUCCUUGUUUUGGAUGCCAGCAUCUGCCUCAGCCCAGAUAAAGGAGGUUCUUUUUUUUUCCAGUACCAGGGAUCGAACUCAGGAUCUUGCACUUGCAAGGGAGGCGCAUUGCCACUGGGCUAAAUCCCCAGCCCCAGAAGCCUCUUUCUCUCAUAAAGUGAAACCAUAUACAUCCCACAAGUAUAGUGAACACUGUGUGCUGAUAUUUUUCUCCAUAUUUUGAGACCCUGUACCCUAAAUCCACAUUGAGCUGGACAUGUUGGCAUAUGCCUGUAAUCCCAGCACUUGGGAAGCUGAGGCAGGAGGAUUGCCAUAAAUGCAAGUUGGAGGCCAGCCUGGGCCACAUAGUGAGUUCAAGGCUAGCCUGAAUUACAGAGUGAGACCCUGUCUCAAAAAACGAAAAAGCAAACACUAAAAGUCCGUAUUAAAGGUACCCCUGGCAGUCAUUCCUUUUGCAUGGAGAAUCUUCUCAUGAGAGAAAGGAGCCCCACAUCCACUGAAACAUCCUUUCUUUGGUUCUCAAGCAGAUGGCUUCUUCUGGGGGUGGUAAGGAAACAAACUCCACCAGAGCUCAAGAUGGGGAACUGUACCUGGGUGCAAGGGUGCACACCUGUGAUCCCAGCACUCUGGAAGACUAAGGCAAGAGGAUCACAAGUCCAAGCCCAGCCUGGGCAGCUUGGUGACUUAGCAAGACACUCUCAAAAAAAAGUGCUGGAGAUGCAGCUCAGCACAAAGGCCCUGGGUUCCAUCCCUAGUAUUGCCAAAAAGGGGUGGGGGAUGGUUGGGGGAAACUGCAUUAUGCAGCAGUUCAGGUUUUUGGACUACAGCAGAGCCAGCAAGGAGGCCUCUGGGACUUGCUGUGCUUCUUGGCCCUAGGGAACUUAUUCACCAGGUGGAGUUUUGUGCUCAAGAAGGGGGUCACAAGGAGUAAAAACAGUCCCACUCUUCAGCAGCCUGGUGAAUGUUCACCUCUUCCUCACCCCAGUUCUUGCUGUUUUCUCUAGCCACAGCCCGCAGUAUUCUGCUAGCUCUUUAUGCCAUUUUCCAGCCACACUGCCGUGCAUACUCAGACCUCUUGGUCCAGUGGUCUGACACCCACCUCCUCCCAUUGCUGGAAAAUUCUUCAAGGGUUUGCAUUUGGGAAGUCCCUCACUAGCUCCUGCCUGGAGCUGCAGGCCCACAUAUCACAUUCCCUGCAUGGUAUCCAGGCUGCUGCUACUUCACCCCAGCACUGGACACUACAGUUAGUCUUUCCCCAUAGGAGUUUUACCACCAAGUGUUAUAAUCACUUCUAUGGGAGAUUCAUGAUCUCCUUUUGGUUUAAGAUCCUGGCAGCUUUCCUUAGUUGGGUCCUCCCUGGCCCUGGCUGGGAGUCUAAGCCCAUUUAAUCCUUAUGGGACUUGUAGCCCCUACCCCACCCCAGAGGGACCAUUCAUGAAGAUAAAUGAUGCUUCUGCCCUAUAAAUCUUGCCCAAUAAAGUUUGCACUUGAAGAUAGGUGUUGAAACAUCUCUCUUUUUUUUUUUUUUUUUGGUACCAGGGAUUGAACUCACGUCCUUGUGCUUGCAGGGCAGGCAACGGAACCACUGAGUUAAAUCCCGGACCCAAAAUAUCUCUUUUAUAUAGGACUUUCCCCCAUCUUUUCUAUUGUUUAUGAUUUAGGUUCCUUAAAUAGUAUCUAGCAAGAUGAAGUCUGCCAUUACUAGUUGGGUCAUCUGGGCAGCUCAACAUUUAAGCCCCAGUUUCCUCAUCUGUAAAAUGGGGGAAGGCCCUACCUCACAGGGCUGUUGUGAGAAUCAAAAGAGUAAUAAAAUACCUACAAAGUGCCUGGUACAUAGUGGGUGCUAAAUAAACCAAAUUUUGCCUGCAA